UAGAAUAUUCAUCAUACUAAUCCACUAAUAUAAAACCUAAUUUUCCUAAAACAAGCAACCCAAUAGAAUACGACAAACUUUCUAUCCCAAUCUCCCCUAAUCAAAACCCAGCCCAUAAAAAACCAAAAUAAGGAAAGAAAAAUCAUAAACAUUUCCAAAAAAAAAUAUACUGGUAUACUAGUAUAUCACUAUCAUAUAAUAAAAGAAAUAAUAAUGGCGUCAAUGAUUUUAAUUACACUUAUACGACUACUUCGCAGUUGUUAACAGAUUAAAAUUUGCCAACUAACUCUCUCUCUCUCUCUCUCUCUCUCCUUGAUUCCCCACCAUCACCCACCCACCAUUAUCGCACACCUCAAGAAACUUCCCCCUUUUCUCCACACCUCAAGAACAAAAAAAACCCUAAUCUUCCGAAAGUUAAUUCCCCCAAAUAAAAAAUAAAAAAUCAAAAAUUAGGGUUUCUUGUUUCUCCAAUGUCACAGCUAAAAUCAACAAUUGGUUGUAAUCAAAUGGUUGAUGAUAACAAUAUCCCAUCAACCCCAGGAAAAUUCAAGCCAGAAAAAUCAUCAAUUUACUUCAACAACAGAAUUCGUUGGUAUUCUUCUCUCUCUAAACUGACCCUUUAUUCUUUCCUCUUUCUCUCUCUUCUUCUCUUCCUCUUCCUGGCUUCUCCACGUCACGACUCGACGACGAACUUUGAGACCGUCUCCAAAUCACAAUCCGCCACGUGGGGUGGUCACGAAUGGGAACGGCACGUAAGACAAUCGGCACGUGUUAAACAGGGCGGCGCACGUGGGUUGACUGUUCUUGUAACAGGUGCAUCUGGGUUUGUGGGAACACAUGUAUCAAUGGCUCUAAAGCGGCGAGGUGACGGCGUAUUAGGGUUGGAUAAUUUCAAUGGGUAUUAUGAUCCAAGUUUAAAGAGAUCAAGACAGAAGCUUCUAGAACGUUCAGGAAUAUUCAUUGUAGAAGGAGAUAUAAAUGAUAAAGAUCUAAUAAGGAAGUUGUUUGAUGUAGUAGCAUUUACACAUGUGAUGCAUCUAGCAGCACAAGCAGGAGUAAGGUAUGCAAUGGAGAACCCAAAAUCAUAUGUGCAUAGUAAUAUUGGUGGACUUGUAAAUUUGUUGGAAGUAUGUAAAUCUGCAAAUCCACAGCCAGCAAUAGUGUGGGCAUCAAGUAGUUCUGUAUAUGGAUUGAAUACGAAGGUGCCGUUUUCGGAGAAAGAUAGAACGGAUGAACCGGCAAGUUUGUAUGCAGCAACAAAGAAAGCUGGGGAGGAAAUAACACAUACUUAUAAUCAUAUAUACGGGUUGUCGAUAACAGGGUUGAGGUUCUUUACGGUAUAUGGACCAUGGGGUAGGCCGGAUAUGGCGUAUUUCUUCUUUACAAAGGAUAUGUUGAAGGGGAAGGAGAUAACUGUGUUUGAGGGACCAAAUCAUUCAACGGUUGCUAGGGAUUUUACCUACAUUGAUGAUAUUGUGAAAGGAUGUUUAGGGGCGUUGGAUACGGCUAAGAAGAGUACUGGGACUGGUGGGAAAAAGAAGGGGCCGGCGCAGUUUAGGAUCUUUAAUUUGGGGAAUACGUCGCCUGUUAGUGUUAAUCAGUUGGUUAGUAUCUUGGAGAAGCUACUUAAGGUCAAGUCCAAUAAGAAGGUGUUGCCGUUGCCUAGAAAUGGGGAUGUUCAGUUUACGCACGCCAAUAUUACUUUGGCGCAGAGGGAGCUCAGGUAUAAGCCUACCACUGAUUUGCAGACGGGGUUGAAGAAGUUUGUUAGGUGGUAUCUCAGUUAUUACUCGGGUACAAAGAGGAAGACUACUUCUGUUUGGUGAUAUUACUCGUGCUUCGUGGUUCGUGUUUCGUGUUUCGUGGGGUUUGUAUUUCCUACUGGCAGCCGGCAGCCAAUCUGCUGGAACUGGACCUUUCCGGUUCAUGUUUUGUGUUGUGUCCGCAGAAGCGUACCUCAUCUGGAGUACUGGAAGAGUGGAGGUAUCUACAUUGUUUUUCUGUCCACAUAUUGCUUUGUUCUUUUAGGAUUAGGUAUCACUAAUAGUUAGCAAAUGUACAGCUUCUCACUUCGGACUACAAAAUUACAGUUUCAAUAACGCCACGCUGUUUCAUUUAUGUUCUGUUAUCAUUUUCAAUAUCAGCUGCUAUGGUUAGAUUGCUAGACCAGUUGUUGUCUAAACUUGUGCUGUCUUUGGCAAGUUUUCAGAAAUAUUGCUCUUUGAUUA